AUGCUUCUUCUUGUUUGCAUUACGGUGGGCGUUGUUACGCAUAGUGCAGAAGCACAAAUGUCGUGUAACAGCGUGUUUAGCAGCCUCUACCCGUGCCUCAACUUUGUAAUGAGAGGCGACGUUGCGCCACCAAGCUGCUGCAGUGGGCUCAAGUCCUUGUACGGCGCCGCUAAAUCCACGGCGGAUCGCCGGAGCGUGUGCUCCUGCCUCAAGGGCGUUGCUUCCAACGCCAACCCGGCUCAAGUAGCGCGUGCCGCUUCUCUCCCUGCAAAGUGUGGAGUUAGCCUGCCAUACAAGAUCACCCCUCAACUUGACUGCUCCAACGUCAAGUACUGA